GCUCCAGCCCCCCCCGCGCCGGCAGCUGCCAAAAAUAGCGCUGCGGGAGGGGGGGACCCUCCCCAUCACCUCCCGCUCCCCCCGCCGCACCGGCGGCAGGCCGGGAUGGCGGCCACGGGCCGCUGCCCCCGACAGCCCCAUCCCCGGGGCCGCGGGAACCGCGACGAGGGAGCCCACGCUCCGGUUGGCACGUGAGCGAGUGCCGCCCCCGUCCCCCGUGCGCCCGGCCAUGCCCAGCGCCGCGGUACCACCGGGGGCGCUCCCCAUGAUCCCGGCCGAGGGCUCGGCGCUGCUCCGCGCCGUCUCCCAAGGGAAAUUCCGCCUGACCCGCCUGCUGCUCGAAGGGGGAGCCUACAUCAACGAGGGCAACGCGGCGGGCACCACGCCGCUGAUGGCAGCGUGCCGGGCCGGCUACGCCGAACCUCCCGAGCAGCCGCGGAUGGUUCAGUACCUGCUGGAGAACGGCGCCGACCCCAACAUCCCCGACAAAGCCGGCAAAACCGCGCUGAUGCACGCCUGUGCCGAGCGAGCCGGCCCCGCCGUGGUGGCCACUUUGCUGGCGCACGGUGCCGACCCCAGCGCCCGCGAUUACGGCGGGGGCUCGGCGCUGGUUUACGCCUUGGAGCGAGGGGACCGGGAGACGCUGCAGGUGCUGCUGGACGCGUGUCGGGAGCGAGGGCGCGAUGUCAUCAUCAUCACCUCGGCCACGUCGCCCCGGGGCACCAAGACCACCCGGCAGUACCUGAACUCGCCGCCCUCGCCCGCUCUGUGCGCGUCCCCGUCGCAGGUGCAGGUGCGGGCGGCGGCGGCGGCGUCGCCCGGGGCCGGCGGGAGGGAUGAGGAGCGCGAUGUGUUCCGCUUCCCUCCCGCCGCUCCCGCAGCUCCAGAACCAUCCCGGGCCGGGCCCAAGCGGCAGCUGAAGAGGCUGAACUCGGAGCCGUGGGGGUUGGCGGUGGAGGGGAUGCGGGGGGGACACUCGGAGGGAAGCGGGGAGGGGACGCAGGGACCCCCAGAGGGAGCGCGGAGAGCUUUAGAUGAGAUAUGGGGACCCCCGGAGGGGACACGGGGACCCUCGGAAGGGUCGUGGGGUUCUCCUGAGGGGUCCUUAGAAGGGACAUCAGCCCCCCCGGAGCAGCUGGCAGCAGGGCUGGAGGGGCUGCGGCUGCGCCCUCGCCGGCACAGCGUGGAGGGCCGCGAGGUCUCGGGGCUGCCAGGAGCCACCUGGGCAGAACGGGUGCCCCCCGUGCCCACCCCGGCGCGUUGGGUUCCCCCCGAUCCUCCACGGGGCAAACCCCUACGGCGCGAUCUCCCCAGCGCCGAGCUCGGCACCGCUGCCGGGCCGCUGCGGAACCCGGCGGGGCUGCUGGAGCGCCGCGGCUCGAACGUUCCCCGCGGAGCCUCCGGGCAGGGCGGGGCUGCUGCCGCCGCUGCCGCCCCGAGCGCUGCUCCGCCGCCACUCCAUGCAGCCCGAGGGUCUGGCAUUAAAGGCCCCAGCGUAGCUCAGUGGCUGUGA